AUGGUAAAUGGUCAACCUCUUUCUGGUCUAAAUUAGUUAGGUAGCUACAUUUACACUUAUGAGUAAUCUUAUUAGGUCAGCUUACAAGUAAGCAAGCAUAAUUUACUGUGGUUUACUAACCUUAGCUUACUAACGUUUGCAAAAAAAAAAAACGGAUCAUCAUUCAGAUCAUUGACUUCAAGAACUCGUGGAUGUCUCGGUGAAGUGAAAUUGUUGUUGCUCACCAGUGCCCUCUGAAGAAGAAAUAACGAUACAGUGUUGUAACCUAACAUCGCUCGCAAAACUGCAGAUUUGAAUGGUGACCACAGCCCUUCCGAAAAUACAUUUAAAUCGUCUUUUAAUGCGAUACAUUUUUUUCAACCCUCCAUGUAUUCGAUUUAUUUAAUUUCAAAUUUGGCUCCCAGUGCAGCUUUACUUCCGGCCUAUUAUGACGCAUCUGUCAAUUUCUUCUCUGUAUGUUCCUAGCUGCUAUGUGCCUACAUUUGAUUACAAGCAUAAGGGGUAACUGGCUGCUAGAUCAUUUACUACUGAACAGAUUAUGGUACAGAGGUAUUUUAGUUAUGUGCUAAAACAAUAAUGGCUUAUUGACUUGUUUUUCCAUUGUGUUUUUGGAAUUCCCUUACUAUAAUUGUCUGCCACUCACUUAUUUUCUAGAUCUGAUUGCAGUAAGAUGUCAUCAACAAGCAGUAAGUAUUAUACCAUUUAUAUCACUGAUGAUGGUUUCUUUUACACAUGUUGUUGGUGUCUUCUGAUACAGACAAUAUUCUGUUCAAACUGACUGUCUUAUUCUGUAAUGUCAGUGGAAGGGUUUUUCUUCCGUUUCAUUGUGAUCCUUAUGUCUUCUUGGUUCAUACCUCCCUAACCCUCUUGCUCUGUGGUCUGUGUUGUCAGGUGAGCUACUGGCCAGUCGGGCCCGGGAGCCCCUGAUGAUGAGCAUGCACCUGCUGGCCAACCCUGGGGACUCACUCCUGCUGCAGCACACCCUGGACCGCCUCCUCCGCUGGGUGUGCCCCAGCCUGCGCCUCUUCCACGUCUCCGAGCGGGCCUGCCCCCUCCUCGACUACGCCCGCUCCCGCCUGUACCUCGUGGCCGGGUACCCCUCCCUGGCUGUGACCGUCUUCCUUCAUGAGGCCUACGGCGAGGAGCGCAUCCUCCGGGUGCUGGACUUCCUGCAGCGCCCCCCCUGGCAGUACCACCACACAGAGAGCUGCAGCGGGAGGACCGGGGGCAUCCACAUCACCUCCCCGGCCAACGCCCUGCUCCGGCCCUACCUCCUGCCCAGCCGAGACUUAUACAGCCUGGGCACGGGGAUGCCCGUGUGGGGGGUGCGCCCAGUGCACUGCGGCGGGGAGAUGCUGCGGGUGACGCUCUACAGCGGCUACAAUAUCUUUGACGACGCAGUGCAGCUCUACAAGACGGUGCUGCAGAGGUCGGCGGAGGAGCAGAAGCCGGGGUUCUGUUGGUUCACGCUCUACACGGAGCCGGGGCUGUGUCUACAGCUGGCUCUCAAACAGCUCUCCCCAGGGGUCAGGGUGGAGGCCUGCAACUCAGCCGUGCUGCAGUUCAGGUUGGAGGAGAUGGGUCAGCUCGUGCCCCUGCUGCCCAAUCCGUGCAUGCCCAUCAGCGCCACGCGGUGGCAGACCGAAGACCUGGACGGCAACAAGAUACUCUUCCAGGUAUUUUAAUUGACAUGACACUGCUAUAUUGCACUACAGUACUUUUAUUCAGACUCCUAUGUGGCUCUGUGGUCAGAGAUAGUGUAAGUAAUAUAUAGAUGAAAUAAGCUACUGUGUAUUUUAUAAUUUGCCUUUUGUCUUACCUUUGUCACACUGCGUCUUCUCACUGCAUUUCUGUCUCUACAUUUAAACGCUGAGACGUGCAAAGUCAAGCCCAGUUGCUUCUUGAGAUGGAAAUAUGUUUGGGUUUAGAGUUGUGGUAAAUGUUUAGCUGCUAUGUGAAACCUCUGUGGAUUCUGCCCCCUGAGGAGCUAUUGGAAGCCAUCCUCUAUGGCUGUGAAAACACCAGAGGAGGCUGGUGGGAGGAGCUAUGAGGACGGGCUCAUUGAAAUGGCUGGAAUGGUAUCAAUGGAAUGGUACCAAACACAUCAAACAAAUGGAAACAAUGUGUUUGACUCCGUUCCAUUGAUUCCAUUCCAGCCAUAACAAUGAGCCCGUCCUCCUAUAGCUCCUCCCACCAGCCUCCUCUGGAAAACACGUAGCACUGGAUGAAGUUACUCUAUGAUUAUCUUUUAGCUACAGUGAGACUACUGUUCUGCAUUCAAGAUGAUUGUCUUGUAAAACCAUCGGGAUUAAGAGUGGGACCAGUAGCAGGAAAAUAUAAAUGCAGUUUCCGUGUCCAGCACAGAGAGACAGUGAGCUCCAAAAGUAUUGGGACAGUGACACAUUUUUAGUUGAUUUGGCUCUGUACUCCAGCACUUUGGAUUUGAAAUGUUACAAUGACAACGAGGUUAAACUGCAAACUGUCAGCUUUUGUUUGAGAGUAUUAGGUGAACCGUUUAGAAAUUACAGCACUUUUUGUACAUAGUCUCCCCAUUUUAGGAGACCAAAAGUAUUGGGACAAAUUCACUUGUGUAAAGUAGUCAAAAGUUGAGUAUUGUGUCCCAUAUUCCUAGUACGCAAUGAUAACAUCAAGCUUGUGACUCUACAAACUUGUUGGAUGCAUUUGCUCUUGGUUUUGGUUGUGUUACAGAUUAUUUUGUGCCCAAUAGAAAUGAAUGGUAAAUAAACACUUCUACAUUAAUGUAGAUACUUCUAUGAUUACGGAUAGUGCUGAAUGAAUUGUAAAAUGAUGAGUGGACCCUCAAUAUGGACCAUACUAUUUAUUAACCAAUCAUCAAUUAGGAGAUUCAAAUACAGGCAUGAAAUCACAAACUGAUUCGGGCAAUAAUCGAUAUUAAUAAUCAAAACAAACAGCAAAUGCAUCCAACAGGUUUGUAGAGUCACAAGCUUGAUGUAAUAAUUGCGUACUAGGAAUAUGGGACACAAUACUCAACUUUUGACUACUUUAAUACGCAGAAGUGAAUUUGUCCCAAUACUUUUGGUUCUCUAAAAUGGGGGGAUGAUGUACAAAAAGUGCUAUAAUUUCUAAACGGUUCACCUGAUAUGGAUGAAAAUACCCUAAAAUUAAAGCUGACAGUCUGCACUUUAACCUCAUAGGUAUUGUACAGGGCGACCUGACCAAAUUCACAUAGACAUAUGAGUUAUAGAUCUGUCAUUCUCAUUGAAAGCAAGUCUAAGAAGCGGUAGAUCUGUUAUAUGUGCGCUAUUUCUAUGCUUCCCGUGCUUAAGUUUAGUUUUUGCGUCUUUUACUUUCGGUUUUGUACACCAGCUGAAAAUACAUUAUUUUUCACAGCGGUAUAGAUGGUACAAUGAUUCUCUACACUAUACUUGCUUGUUUUGUCACAGAAACUGAAGUUAGGCGAACUAUUACAAUUUUAGCAACCAGGAAAUGGCGGAGCAAUUUCUGCAUAGUGCAACUUUAAUUAUAACUUAGGUUGAUUGUUUUUCCUGUCUCUGUGGGCUCCAUGAUUGUUGAACCGUCCAUUCUUUUUACCUCAAGUCUUCCAGAGAAAGUUAAGACUGUCAGUCUCUGUCCCCCAGGUGAAAGACCCAGAGCAGCCUCAGCGACCCCUGACUGGUGCCUUCCCUCUGACCUGUCCCAGUGUCUCGCCCAGAGGGCUACUGACGAGUGUCGUGUCCACACCGCCCCCAGCAGCCCAUGCCCUGCAGCCCUGCAGCCAGAUGAGCCCAGUGACCCAGCCGGGGAACAGGCCGCGCACCGACCCAGGCCUGGAUAGGCCUGCCUUACCCGGGGGUCUGCGGUGUGGGGGAGGGGGAGGGGGGAGAGCAUGGGCUCAGACAGCUGCUGCAGCACCCCUCCAGGCAGCUGCUGCUACUCGUCCCAGUGCAGCAGCCCCGCCACGCUAUCCAUCAACCACCCCCACGACUCCUCCCCUCUCUCAUGCGCCGCCUCCCCGGCGCGGCCCUCCCUGUCAACCUCCCACCUGCUGCUGGAGGAGGAGGAAGACCCGGAGACCAACGUGGACACGGGCGUCCCUGUGACGAUGACCCCGCGCUCGGACAUGGACUUCACCAUGACGACCAGCUCGAGGGACACUGCGCUGUGAGAGGCCAUCCGCUGUGGGGGCCUCUGCCCUGGCGAGGGAGCUGAGUGCUUGUCUACCGGAUGCUUGGGUUGCGAGCAGCCCUACCAAAGCUGCCAGCCCCGGGUGCAAGGCAGGGUCACCAGCCUGGGACAGCAGUGUUAUCAGCUGGGCAUCGCCGGGUCAGAGCUACUGUAGAGGGCCUGUGGGGCCACGGACUCCAGAUAAGCCAGCAGCAAAGGCUCUGUUGUCACCCACACACAAUACAGACCCAAUAGAUGAGUCCAUCUGA